AGAGAGUGGACGAAGGCGAGAAAGAGGAGAACCUUGACGACAUGUAUGACCUCAUGUCUCGCCUGGUUCGAAAUGAGACAACAUAUUUCCACUGGACAACACGUCGGGAUUACAUAGACUGUCGCUCCCUACGUAAUGACCAAAUGACCAACCACUAUGCAAAUUCUUGGACAUUUACUACCAAGGUGGGGCUCUGUGUGAACCUGCGUAACCUUCAGUGGUUUGAUACAGCAGAUCCUGACACCUUCUUCCCAAGGUGCUACAGGCUUGGGGCAGAGGAUGAAAAGCAUGCAUUUAUAGAGGAUUUCAGGAAGACAGCAUGCACCAGCCUGCUGCAGCAUGUGGUUGAGUCAAGUAGAUGGAGGAGAGAUGGAGCAGAGGAGUUGGAUAAUGUGGAGUAUCGAUUUGUUGGUCCAGGAAUGAUCGACAUGGCUUUGCACGUGUGUCAAGAGUUUCUCAAUGUUUUAGAGCACGGUGACAUUGAUGUUACUGUAAAAACACCACCCUCAGUGGAGGAACAGCAGUGGGCAGAGUUUCUGCAAGACUACUACAUGGUUGUGCAUGAAGGUGCAUUGAUCAGCGGUAGCAGUGUGUUUGUGGAGCGCUGCCAGGCCACUUUAAUCAGACUGCAGGAAGCUUGCCCUCAGCUGGAUACCGAUGGACUAAAUAACAUCUGGAUCAUCAAAUCAGGUGCAAAGUCGAGAGGACGAGGUAUUAUGUGUAUGAAUCGCCUGGAGGAGAUUUUGGAACUUGUGGACAGUGACAGAGCCCUGUCUAAAGAGAGUAAGUGGGUGGUUCAGAAAUACCUUGAACGUCCUCUGUUGGUCCAUGGCACCAAGUUUGACCUCCGUCAGUGGUUCCUCGUCACCGACUGGAACCCUCUGACCGUCUGGUUCUACAGAGAGUGCUACCUGCGGUUCUCCACUCAGCCAUAUUCAACAAAAACUCUGGACAGUUCAGUCCAUCUUUGCAACAACUCCAUCCAGAAGCACUUUCAGCCGUCCCGCGAGCGCCAUCCAGGAGUGCCUGAGGACAAUAUGUGGUCCUGCUCUCAGUUUAGGGCUUAUCUGCAGCGGCAGGGCCGUGGGGCGGAGUGGGAGUCAGUGGUGGUCACCGGCAUGCAGCAGGCAGUGGUGCGCGCCCUGCAGACAGCCCAAGACCUGGUCGAGCCCCGCAAGGCCAGCUUUGAGCUCUACGGAGCUGACUUUAUGCUGGGCAGAGAUCUGAGGCCUUGGCUUCUGGAGAUCAACGCCAGUCCAACUAUGGCCUGCUCCACCGCUGUGACCUCUCGCCUCUGCCCUGCUGUGCAGCUGGACACACUGAGGGUUGUGCUGGACAGACGGACUGAUCCUAGUGCUUACACAGGAGGCUUCCAGCUAAUCUUCAAACAGGCUGCAGUUGAAGUUCCUCAGUAUGUGGGAGUGAACCUGCUGGUGGAGAGCCCCAUAAGGCGAUCCAGACCUUUACUUCAUAGACAAACUGUUAUUUUUAACCCAACUCUCGCCAUCCAGUCCCCUUUGGACCAGUCGUUGUCAGAAAAGGUUGAAACAUCACAAAAACCAUCAGGUCAGAGGUCCAAC